CUGUAUGCAAGCAGGCAGGUUUUACUGGCUAUUCUUACCCACAAUCCUUUGCACAGCAGAUAAAUGAGCCAGGGUUCAAGCUCACAAGUUAUGAGGAAGUAGUAUGCCCCAGUUUGUCCUAAAGGUAAAGGAUUUGGCCUGCCGCUUAAGACUGAUACGUGGGUAAGUUGUCCCACUCCGACCGGUUCAACCAGAUCAUCAGAGUGGAAUGAAGAAUAGAAACUCUCAGGUCAGACUCUUGUCUGUUGUGAAUGUUUUCAUUCAAUAUAAACUCUUCACAACAUUUGUUACAAAGGUUUCUGCUUCAUCAUCUGUUCCCUACUAGUCUACAUGUAAAGGAAGACCAGGUGACAAAGAGGGGCGUGCACAGGUCCUCUGAACUAUCUGGUCCAAACAACAGCAUCCAGUCUGUUGUCAUGGCAACUCUUUACAAGGUGAAAUAAUUUUUCCACAAAUGCUGAUUUUGAUCCUGAAAGAUGUUGUUUGAGGAGUGAGGAGGAUUCUGUUCAUGAGGAACUUUUAAGUCUGUGAGCAAAGCUCAGACCGAGACUCAGUCAACCAGUCGUACUGCAUACUUUGGUGACGUGAGGACACACACUGUCUCUGACGAAGGACAACAAGCGUCACUUCACUUCGUCUGAUAGAAGUUGAAGUGAAGCACGGAGCUCCUUUUCUACACGGACCUGCUGAGGACAGAAGAGAGCUGCACACUGAGGAGGUUCAUGUCUACACACUCAGCUGUUGUGAAGGUGUGUAGGUGUGGACUCUGCUAUGAAUCAGAUUUGGUCUGAGAGGACCGAGGGGCUUCAGAAGGAGUUAUUCCAUCCGAAGCCCCUGAGUGGGGAAGAUGACAACCAGUCCAAGGCUCAGAGGAUCCAUCAGGGACCACAACCUGGACCUGGUCUUGAAUCUGGACCUGAACCCAGCUGUGUCUCCAUGAAGAGUAGCAAGUCUAUUGAUCCUCUUCUAAACUUCAAAGAUGACCAUCACGCUGUUCAUGCAAGAAGACAGUCUCCUGAACCCAGCUGUGUGUCCGUGAAGAGUGAUUGGUGUAAAGAUGUUCUGAAUUACUUCAAAUAUCGACGCCGUUCUUAUGACCCAAAAGAGAACCAGAAGAGCUCAGAGGUUCCCAGAGGUCAGUCUGCCCAGCAGCAGUCAACACAACUGGACUCCAUAUUUAUGCUGCUGGAGGAGAACAUCCUCACGUUUGUGAAGAACGAGCUGAAGAAGAUCCAGAAGGUUGUGAGUUCAGGUUACCCAGAAUGCUUAGAGAGUCAGAGGGAGGAUGAGGAGACACUGGGUGGUGAGGAUGAAGAGCAGAGGAGGAGCAGAGACGCAUUUGUGAAGAUCUCAUUACACUUCCUGAGGAGAAUGAAGCAGGAGAAGCUGGCUGACUGUCUGCAGAGAAGACUUCUUGCUGCAGUUUGUCAGCGUGAACUCAAAUCCAACCUGAAGAAGAAGUUCCAGUGUGUGUUUGAGGGGAUCGCUAAAGCAGGGAACCCAACCCUUCUGAAUGAGAUCUACACAGAGCUCUACAUCACAGAGGGAGGGACUGCAGAGGUCAAUAAAGAACAUGAGGUCAGACAGAUUGAAACAGCAUCCAGGAAACCACACAGAACAGAAAGAACUAUCAGGCAAGAAGACCUCUUUAAAGCCUCAGCUGGAGGAGAGGAACCAAUCAGAACAGUGAUGACUAAGGGAGUGGCUGGCAUUGGGAAAACAGUCUUAACACAGAAGUUUGCUCUGGACUGGGCUGAAGACAAAGACCACCAGGACAUACAGUUCACAUUUCCAUUCACCUUCAGAGGGCUGAAUGUGCUGAGAGAGAAGAAGUUCAGCUUGGUGGAUCUUGUUCAUCACUUCUUCAGAGAGACCAAAGCAGCAGGAAUCUGCAGGUUUGAAGAGUUCCAGGUCGUGUUCAUCUUUGACGGUCUGGAUGAGUGUCGACUUCCUCUGGACUUCCACAGCAAUGAGAUCCUGACUGAUGUCACAGAGUCGGCCUCAGUGGAUGUGCUCCUCACAAACCUCAUCAGGGGGACGCUGCUUCCCUCUGCUCGCCUCUGGAUCACCACACGACCUGCAGCAGCCAAUCAGAUCCCUCCUGAGUGUGUUGGCAUGGUGACAGAGGUCAGAGGGUUCACCAACCCCCAGAAGGAGGAGUACUUCAGGAAGAAGUUUAGAAAUGAGGAGCAGGCCAGUAGGAUCAUCUCUCACAUCAAGACCUCACGAAGCCUCCACAUCAUGUGCCACAUCCCAGUCUUCUGCUGGAUCACUGCUACAGUUUUGGAGGAGGAGUUGAAGACCAGAGAGGGAGGAGAGCUUCCCAAGAGCCUGACUGAGAUGUACAUCCACUUCCUGGUGGUUCAGUCCAAAGUGAGGAAGGUCAAGUACGAUGGAGGAGCUGAGACGGAUCCAGACUGGAAUGAGGAUAGUAGGAAGAUGAUCGAGUAUCUGGGAAAACUGGCCUUUGAUCAGCUGCAGAAAGGCAACCUAAUCUUCUAUGAAUCCGACCUGACAGAGUGUGGCAUCGAUAUCAGAGCAGCCUCAGUGUACUCAGGAGUGUUCACUCAGAUCUUUAGAGAGGAGAGAGGACUGUACCAGGACAAGGUGUUCUGCUUCGUACAUCUGAGUGUUCAGGAGUUUUUGGCUGCUCUUCAUGUCCAUCUGACCUUCAUCAACUCUGGUGUCAAUCUUCUGUCAGAAGAACAGACAACCUCGCUGGUGUCUAAAGUCUUUAGAGACCAACCAAAGCGUCUCUACCAGAGUGCUGUGGACAAAGCCUUACAGAGUCCUAAUGGACACCUGGACUUGGUCCUCCGCUUCCUCUUGGGUCUUUCACUGGAGACCAAUCAGACUCUCCUACGAGGUCUGCUGACACAGACACAAAGUCACCCACGGACCAAUCAGAAAACAGUCCAGUACAUCAAGGAGAAGAUCAGCGAGAAUGUGUCGUCAGAGAAAAGCAUCAAUCUGUUCCACUGCCUGAAUGAACUGAAGGAUGGUUCUCUAGUGGAGGAGAUCCAAGCGUCCCUUAGUUCAGGACGUCUCUCCACAGAUGAACUGUCUCCUGCUCAGUGGUCAGCUCUGGUCUUCUACUUACUGUUAUCAGAAGAAGAUCUGGACGUGUUUGACCUGAAGAAAUACAUUGCUUCAGAGGAGGCGCUUCUGAGGCUGCUGCCAGUGGUCAAAGCCUCCAACAAAGCUUUACUGGACGGCUGUAACCUCUCAGAGAGAAGCUGUGAAGCUCUGUCUUCAGUUCUCAGCUCCCAGUCCUCUAGUCUGAGAGAGCUGGAUCUGAGUAACAACAAUCUGCAGGAUUCAGGGGAGAAGCUGCUAUCUGCUGGACUGGAGAGUCCACACUGUGAACUGGAGAUUCUCAGGCUGUCAGGCUGUAUGAUCACAGAGGAAGGCUGUGCUCAUCUGAUCUCAGCUCUGCGCUCCAACCCCUCCCAUCUGAGAGAGCUGGACCUCAGCUACAAUCAUCCAGGAGAGUCAGCAGUGAAUCUCCUGUCUGCUGGACUGGAGGAUCCACGCUGGAGACUGGAAACUCUCAGGUUGGAGCCUGCUGGAGCCCGAUGGUUGAGACCAGGUCUGAGGAAGUAUUCUUGUGAACUCACACUCGACACAAACACAGUAAACAGACGACUCAAACUGUCUGACAACAACAGGAAGGUGACAUAUGUGGAGGAGGAGUAUCAGUUGUAUCCUGAUCAUCCAGACAGAUUUGACCACUCAUCUCAGCUGCUGUGUAGAACUGGUCUCACUGGUCGCUGUUACUGGGAGGUCGAGUGGAGAGGUGGAGUUUAUGUAUCAGUGAGUUACAGAGGAAUCAGGAGGAAAGGAUGCAGGGGAGAGUGUUGGUUUGGAAGAAAUGAUCAGUCCUGGAGUCUGAGAUGCUCUCAUGAAGGUUACUAUGUCCGUCACAAUAAGACAGGAACACGGAUCUCCUCCUCUUCCUCCUCUUCCUUCUCUUCCUUUGGUAGAGUAGCAGUGUAUGUGGACUGUCCUGCUGGCUCUCUGUCCUUCUACAGAGUCUCCUCUGACACUCUGAUCCACCUCCACACCUUCAACACCACAUUCACUGAACCUCUGUAUCCUGGAUUUGCCCUCUGGUCCUGGUCCUGGUCUGGUUCCUCAGUCUCUCUGUGUUCUGUGGAGGAGGGAGAGUCUCCUGGUAGAUAACCUUUCUCUCUACUCACCCAUCUGUAGAGGAUGUUAGCUCAUGUUAACGUAGAUGCAGGUGGAGCAGGUGAGGGGUACCUGAGCUGCUCUGGACUCUGGGGGGUCCAGAGCUCUCUGGGACUUGUGGUGUUGCAGAUGGAAGUCUGAAAGAGCUCAGCGAGGUGUGUUUUAAUGUUGCUGUGCUCGUUAAUUAAUAGAACAAAUAGAUUAUCAUUUAGAUAUUUGUGCCUAAUUAGGAUAUAAUCUUAAUCUUUAUGUGUCACAAUGUUCAUGAGACAACCAAUAAAACAUAAAUGUAUCUGUAUGAUAAA